AUGGUCCUUGAUGCACUCCAGCCUCUGCUCCAGCACGCCGCCGGCGAUCCUCCUCCACCCUGCCGAUUUCCCGAAUCCACCUCCGCCACUCCUCCUACAGACCUCCACGCGCCGCCACUUUCCCGAUUCCGCCACUACACCACAACGCCGAUGUCGCGCCUCUGCCCCCUCCGUCGCAUCUCCUCCUCCACUUCCACCUCGUCGCCAUCACGUUCCUGGUCACCUCACGCUGCCUUUGCGGCGGCCACGGACCGUGCCCGCGCCGGAACGCUCAGCCAGGAGGAUGCACACAGCCUGUUUGACGAAUUGCUGCGCCAAGCCACCCCGGUCCCCGAGCGCUCCCUCAACGACUUCCUUGCUGCACUCGCCCGUGCUCCGUCCUACGACGACCGCAGAAGCGGCCCCGCUCUUGCCGUCGCUCUCUUCAACCGCGUGUGCCGAGAAGAUGCCGGCCUGCAGGUGGCGCCGCCCACAGUCUGCACCUUUGCCAUCCUCAUGGACUGCUGCUGCCGCGCACGUCGACCGGACCUUGGGCUUGCCUUCUUCGGCUGCCUCCUCAAAAAAGGUCUGAAAACAAACCAGAUCAUCGCCAACACCUUCCUCAAGUGCUUCUGCGAUGCAAAACGGACAGAUGAGGCUGUGGACGUACUGCUUCAUAGGAUGUCUGAGCUGGGUUGCGUCCCCAAUGUUAUCUCAUACAACAUAGUUCUCAAGAGGUUAUGUGAAGAUAGAAGGAGCCAGCAAGCACUUGACCUGCUCCUUACGCUGGCAAGAGAAGGAGGUGGCUGUUCCCCCGACGUGGUGUCAUACAGCACGGUCAUCCAUGGCUUCUUUAGGGAGGGUGAGAUAGGCAAAGCAUGCAAUCUCUUCCAUGAAAUGGUGCAGCAAGGAGUUGUGCCCAGUGUGGCAACAUACAACUCGGUUAUUGAUGCAUUGUGCAAGGCCAAAGCAAUGGACAAGGCAGAGCUAAUCCUUCGGCAGAUGGCCGAUAAUGGUGUUCGGCCGAAUAAUGUGACAUACAAUUGCAUAAUCCAUGGAUAUUCCACAUCAAGGCGGUGGAAAGAGGCAGCUAAAAUGUUCAAAGAAAUGACAAGCCUGGGUCUUGUACCAAAUUUUAUUACUUGCAACUCGUUCAUGGUCUCCCUUUGCAAGCAUGGAAGAAGCAAAGAAGCUGCAGAAAUUUUUAAUUCCAUGGCUGACAAGGGACACAAACCUGAUAUCAUCUCGUACACUAUUUUGCUUCAUGGAUAUGCCAGUGAAGGGAGCUUCGCUGAUAUGAUCAAUCUCUUUAACUCAAUGAAAGACAACGAUAUUGUACCCAACUGCCAUGUUUUCAGCAUAUUAAUUGGUGCAUAUGCUAGGUGUGGAAUGAUGGAUGAAGCGAUGCUCAUUUUUGCAGAAAUGCAGGAACAAGGAGUGACUCCGAAUGUAGUCACCUAUUCAACUGUAAUAGCAGCACUUUGUAGAAUGGGUAGGCUGGCCGAUGCUGUUGACAAAUUCAAUGAGAUGAUUGCUGUGGGAAUACAACCUAACAAUGCUGUUUAUCAGUCCCUAAUUCAGGGUUGUUGUAUACAUGGUGAUCUGGUUAAAGCUAAAGAGUUGGUUUCUCAAAUGAUGAACAAAGGUAUCCCCCGCCCUAACAUCGUGUUCUUCAAUUCAGUAAUAAACGGUCUAUGCAAAGAAGGAAGGGUUGUGGAUGCACAAGAUAUAUUUGACUUAGUUAUACACAUUGGUGAGACGCCGGAUGUCAUUACUUUUAAUUCACUGAUUGACGGGUAUGGCUUAGUCGGCAAGAUGGAUACAGCACUUGGAAUACUUGAUGCCAUGGUAUCAGCAGGUGUUCAGCCUGAUGUUAUUACAUAUAGUACACUUGUGAAUGGAUAUUUUAGAAAUGGAAGGGUCGAUGAUGCUUUGGCUCUAUUCGCAGAAAUGCUGCAUAAGGGAGUUAAACCUACAACUGUCACAUAUGGCAUCAUAUUGGAUGGGUUAUUUCGUGCUGGGAGAACUGAUGAUGCAAAGAAAAGGUUCCGUGAGAUGACCCAAAGUGGAAUAACUGUCAACAUUUCCAUAUACAAUAUAAUUCUUGGAGGGUUUUGCAGAAAUAAUUGUGCCGGCGAAGCAAUCACGUUGUUCCAUAAAUUAGGUGAAAUGAAUGUGAAGUUUGAUAUCAAAACACUCAAUAUCAUGAUCGAUGCAAUGUACAAGCUUCAGAGAAGAGAAGAAGCUAAAAAAUUAUUUGCUGCAAUAUCAAACAGUGGGUUGGUACCUAAUGCUUUUACUUAUAGCAUAGUGAUAAAAAAUCUUCUAAAAGAAGGAUCACUGGAAGAAGCUGACAAUAUAUUUUCAUCAAUGGAGAAGAUUGGUUGUGCUCCGAGCUCCUGUCUUAUAAAUGAUAUCAUUAGAAUGUUGUUGGAAAAUGGCAAGAUUGCCAAGGCCGGAGAUUAUUUGUCUAAAGUUGAUGGGAAGAGCAUCUCACUUGAAGCUUCAACUACUUCAUUGAUGCUGUCUCUCUUUUCAACGAAUGGGAAAUAUCGGGAGGAUAUGAAAUUGCUCCCUGCAAAGUACCAAAUCUUUGAUGGACUUGGUUGAGUAGUUGAUUGAUCGCAUAUGAGACCACCUCAUGACAAAUCACAUGGAUUUUUUUUUCCUCACAUAAAGCCCUCCUGCCAGCAUAAGAAAUCCAAAUUGUCUGCUUGGACCAACACAAAUACACCAAGUUUGCAUAGGAGACGGGGUCAAAGCAUUUGCAUGAUGAGAAUGUCUUGCUCUUGUACACAUGCAGUGUGCAUUACUCUUCAUUUUUUAUAUCUGGUACCUGAAUUCCACGUCGGUGCUGCUAUGCCUCGUUGUGCUCUGUUUGCCAUGUCAAGCUUCUCAAAAGAAGCCUGGUGACCGGGUGUAUACGUGAGCACGCAUCCAAGCUUUUGGCCUAAACUUCUGUUCCAAUGACUUGGAAGCAUCCGGACUCCAGAGUUCCCAGAAGAUUGUCAAAUUUUAGCGAGCUGUCCCUGCACUUACGGAUGGAGAAGAGCUUACUGCAAGUGGAACUCACAGUUCUAAAGGAAAUCCCCAAAUAAAGUUCCCUUUUACUUUCCAAGAUCCAGUGAGCGGAGAUUCGAACCCGACUCACCUAUCUAAACUAAACUGAAGAUUUACUGUUGAACGAUGCAAAUUCAAUGAAGACUAUCCAGUUGAAAUCAACAUAGUCGACAAAUGAGUGUGUUCCCCAGAAGAAAUAUCCUUUUUGAACCAGCAGUUGUAUCUUCUCACUUGUACUGACAGCAAAGACUUGUUGGAUGCCAAAGCAAAAAUACUGCCAAAGCAAAAAUACAGAAUCAGUCAAGUAAGAGCACAGGCUCCAUGGAGUGGGUGUCGGGAUUUCUGCAAAGUUGCCAACACUUCCAGACCAGUGUUGGUUUGUGAGCAGGAUCUGACCAUCCAUCCAUCCAUCCAUCCAUCCAUCGAGGAGUCACUCCUGAGUCCUGCCUUUCAUGUCUUGUUCAGAAGUUGAUGAUGCAAAACCUACCUGAACCCAAAUGCUCGGGGAGCCAAACAUUUUGUGAAGGAAAAUAAAAUGUGAUGGUGGGAUUGCCAUACCCAUGAAGCUUUUGUGGCACGUGUUUUCUGUACAAGCAGGAACAUGAUGAACUUCUGAUGUUUUUAAAGCUGCAGAACGAUCGUGCUGCUGCCAUUGCCGAUCUGAGCGAUGUGCAAUUGCGGUUUCAUCCUAUAUAUGAGGCCAUCCGAUUUGAUACUAGAGGAGGAGCAACAAGACAGCAGCUCGCAACCGGAAAUAUGUUAUGAUCGCAGGAAUCAGCCACCAGGUAGGUAUGAUCAUUCGUUCUUCAAUUCAAUCCGACCGCAAGCAGUUAGUUUCCUGCAUCGAUUGAUGGAUCACCUAGACAGAAGAUGUACUGCCGUGAAGCAAGACAUUGCGAAUCCCAUCGAUCCCCAUGAUGCACCUGGACCUGGAGUCCUGGACGCACGGUCGCUGCAGUUUUCUUUUUCUUCAAACGAAAGAAAACAAGCCACAAGUCACACGUAGUGCGUGCAUGCGUCCAAGACCACUCACAAAAUGGAUUAAUGCCCUACAGAACGGGCGGGUGCUACCAUCAAUUAAUCUUUUUCUUUUCUUUUCCCUGGUUCCGGAUCGAUCGAGGGAAUAAGUGUCGUGAUCGGAAUCAUACAGGGCUCCAAAUCAAUCUAGACUCGAAAUAUGUAUGCGCAAUGUUGGUUAUGCCUAAAAAUGUACUAACUGUAUCACUGUACUGCUAAAAGUUCUGUCUCACUGACAAGGACAUAAAUUCUUAUGCC